AUGUACUUGGAUGGAAACUUUUUCUGGUGCGCGACGCCGCUUCCAUUAGAUAAUAAUGAGGAUGAGAAGAUUGUUCGCUUCGACUUUGCCAGUGAGGUAUUCAAGUCUACUUCAUUUCCGGACGCUACUGUUAUUGGGGAUUACUCCAGUUGGAAGACGACUCUCACAGCGUUGAACGGGUCUAUUGCUAUGCUGGUUUAUCCUUGUGGGAAGGAGGUGGAGAUGUUGUGUUUUGAUAUAUGGGUUUUGUUUGAAUUUGGUGUUAGGGAGUCGUGGACUAAGCUUAUUAGAAUUGGACCCUUUUUGGAUUUGGAAAGGCCAUUGGGAUUUUAG